CUCGCCCUGAGAGGGAGACCGGUCCGCAGUCUCCAGCCGCAGAUCCGUGGACCCUCUUCACGGACGCUUCGCGCAGCCUCAGGUGACUGCACCCCCGCCCAGUAUGGCAGCCUCCCCGCUCCCACCGCCAGAUCCCCAGUUUGUCCUCCGAGGUACCCAGUCGGCGGUGCAUGCGCUGCAUUUCUUCGGAGGAGCCCAAGGACAGGGGCGCCCACUCCUCCUCUCAGGGUCCCUGAGCGGGCUGGUGCACAUCUGGAGCUUGCAGACGCGGAGGGCGGUUGCUACGCUGGACGGCCAUGGGGGCAAGUGUGUGACCUGGCUGCAGACACUGCCCCAGGGGCACCUGCUCCUCAGUCAGGGCCGGGACCUGAAGCUGCGCCUAUGGGACCUGGCAGAGGGCAGAAACGCCAUCGUGGACUCUGUGCCCGUGGAGAGCAUGGGCUUCUGCAGGAGCUCCGUCCUAGCCAGGGGUCCGGAGCGCUGGAUGCUGGCCAUGCCAGGGGGAGGUAGUGACGAGGUUCAGAUUCUGGAGAUGCCAUCCAAGACGUCAGUGUGCACCCUGAAGCCGGAGGCAGAUGCCAAGCCGGGCAUGCCCAUGUGCCUGGAGCUGUGGCAGGCCGACUCCAGUCCCCGCCCACUCCUCCUGGCUGGCUAUGAGGACGGAUCGGUGGCCCUGUGGGACGUCUCUGAGCGGAAGGUGUGCAGCCGCGUCGCCUGCCACCCGGAGCCCGUCAUGGGCUUUGACUUUGACUCCCAGAAGGCCAGGGGCGUCUCGGGCUCCGCGGAGAAGGCGCUGGCUGUCUGGAGCCUGGAUGAGCAGCAGGCCCUGCAGGUGUGCAGAACUCACGAACUCACCAAUCCUGGGAUCGCUGAUGUCAAGAUCCGGCCAGACCGCAAGAUCCUGGCCACUGCGGGCUGGGACCAUCGUGUCCGUGUGUUUCACUGGUGGACAAUGAAGCCACUGGCCGUGCUGUCCUUCCACAGUGCCACCAUCCACUCUGUGGCCUUUGCCACUGAUGGCUUGCUGGCCGCAGGGUCUGGGGAUCAGCGCAUUAGCAUCUGGUCGCUCUACCCGAUCCGCAGCGAUGCAUCCACUCCCUCGUUGGGACACGCAGAGGGCAGGGAGGUGGGCACCCAGGCUUUGGCCUGACCGAGGCAUGUGGAAACCGUGCAUCGGGACCCUUGAGGACAGCCAGUUGUGGUUCUCCUCCUCCAGUUACAAGAGGAGCUUGGUCCAUGGAGUCUUCGUUUUCUGCACAAGGCUUGUGUUUCCUUUUGCGAAAUACAGCAUCUGUAUGACAGUGACUCUGCAGUUCACAAAGAGUAACUGGGCCAGACACCUGAGCAGCUACAGCCCAAGUGAGAGGCCAACCUGGGGCUCCUUUACAAUAAACCUCUAGAUGCAAACCCGUGGGCUCAAGGUAGAGAUUCUCCGAGGUGAUACCCUGGAUUCCCCGUUAGGGUCAGCUCCGAGAGCUCUCCUCAGACCUUCCACUGGGCAGGGCAGUUGACCCCUGUCCAGUGGGGGACACCAGAUGUGGCCCCCAGGUCCUGCUGCCUCUGUGUGGCUCCUCACCCCAAGGAUGACCAGGAGCUCCUGAUGCUCAGGGCUGAAGCCAGAACCCGUAUAAAGAAGUGAGCAGACCCCUCAAGGGAGCAAGGCAGGAGAAGGGCGGGCUGUGGAUGACGGCAAAGGCAAGGAGAGCUCAUGGUUCGGGACCAGGCCAAGCGCCCUGAAUCCAUGGGAGGAAGUGCCCCAAAGAGAGGAAGACCAAAGACGGCAAGGUGCCAUCUUCGGGGUGGAAAGCAUAGCAGAAUUAAGUGUAGCUGACACAGCCACCAACAGCACAGAGCCAACAGUGUGCACACAGGGCAACUGGGAAUGAGCAGCCAAAGCAACGAGUGUGUCUGGAGUCUCCUUCCAUGCAUGGCUGGGCCCAGCCGUCAGGGCAUCUUUUAAAGCUGGGCUGUUGACUGGGAAGGAAUGGGACCCUGGAAAUUGGGGUGGGGGCUGUGGGCAGUCAUUGUGCAAGCUGGGGGCCUCAAGCCCCUUUGUUCCACUGCCAUUUUUUGCCAGAAGAGCCCCUUCGGUCUCUGCCUGAAGAGGUCAGUCCUCCUUUACUUGAAGGAUCCGGAAUGGCUCCCCCCCUGGGGCAGGGUCCUUGUGGGACACUCAGGACCACCUCCCCCCAACCCCAGCUUUGUUUAUAACUAGACUCAGGCCCUAGGAGGCCCCAAAGGGUGAGGUACAAAGUGUGGCCCAUGAUGAGGUGGCUACGCUCCAGAAGAACUUCGUGCAGAUAGAAAUCUGGAGAACACGUGUGGGAUCCAGGUGGCAGGAAUAUGAAAUGCAUCAGGCCAGAUCCAUGGAAACAGGGCCACUAACAGAGGGUCUGGACUUGUUGCAGCCCGAGGAGUUAGAAAGGGCCCCCAGGUGCGGUUGCUUGGUUGAAACAUGGACCACAAGGCAGGUUUGCUGAGUACGGUUGAAAUGCCAGAACCCCCUCAGUGUACUGCAGAGGGGGUGACCCGAGGGUUUGGGGAGAUUGGGGUACUCGAGGGGACUUAACACAUGAGAGCUGCUUACCCUCCAUAAGAGGGGCCGAGCCUUUUCCCAAGACCUUGAGGAAUACGUCCACAAGGGGAGCCGAGCAUCCUUGGAGAGCUCUGUGGUUUCUCUUCUCUGCACGUCAGUUGGAGCCACCCCCACAGAGCAAGGUUCUCUAAAGGCAGCGGAGUCACUGAAUCUCAAGAGUGGCAAAGCCUAGUAGUGACAUUUAACUGUCCACUGUGUGGUUGUGUGGUGGGCAGCCUCAGCCACCAGCAGCCAGACUGGCAGAGAUGUGGGCAUGGUGCCCUUGGGGCCCUGGAAGUGGAGCUGACAGGCAGCCAGAUUGAGUCUAGCUUGGUCUGCUUGAGCGGAAGCAUUCUGGAUCGAGCAGACAGAUGUCUGACCCGGGCCACCGAAAUAGAUUCACAAACCUCCAGUCAGCGCCCCAGGCCCCUUAAGGAAAGACCCCACUACACUGCCAACAAUGUAUACUGCUGGCCUUCUGCCCAGCCUCCCCAGGGACCUAUGGCCACUCCCUAAGGGACUGGAUACCAUUGGAGCUCAUGGAAGGCCCAUCCUGGGGACUGGCCUACCCAUAUGGGCCCUGUUGGACAGAGGGGCUGGCAAGUGUCCUCUAACACCUCUGGGAGGGACCACGCUGGCCCCCGAGUAUCCCGUAGCCACGUCACUAGAUGGGGGACGCAUCCAGAAGGAUUUCCACAUGAUGAAUAUCAGAAGGAGAGGCUCUGUUUGGGCUGCAGGCACUCGAACCUCAUAGAUGUGAGGAAAACUGCCAAGUAAACCACACUCGGGGUACUCCUCACAGGGAGGCUGUCAGGUCAGAGACAAUGGAGAGUGGCCUCACCAAGCCACCGCCUUGCAUGGCUCCCACAAGAGGCCACAUGCUGAGGGUGUUCUCCUAGAACACAGCUGUAUAUGCCUGUGUCACCAAGAUUCUUGGUGACUCCUUCCUUCAGUAGAACCACCGUAUUUACAAAAACAGCCAUAGACGUGUGCGUUCCAGACAAAGGGACAGGGUACUGCAAGUCAGCAUGAGGUUUAUUAAACCCAGAGAUGCUUCCAGAA